AUGGAAAUCGAAAAAGAAAAUAAAGAAAAUUUAAAUAUUUUAAUCAACGAAAAUAAUAAUAAUAAUCAUAAUAAUAAUAAUCAUAAUAAUAAUAACAAUAAUAAUAAUAAUAAUAAUAAUACUAAAACUAAUUUAGAAACACUAAAAAAUAAAAUUAUACAAACAAGUACAUUAAUAGUAAAAUUUAAAGAAUUACAAUCACAAAAUCAAUUAGUAGUAGAAGAAAAUGGAAAAUUAAAGCAUGCUUUAAUAAAUGCUAUAAGUGCAAACAAUACUUUUCAGCAACAACAAUCACAACAAAUAUCACCAAACAAUAACGAAUACUAUACUUUAUAUUUAAAUGAAAAAAAAGAAAUAUCAAAUUUAAAAUUUUUAUUAGAAAAAGAAAUUAAUAAUAAAUUGCCCCUUAGAAAUGAAAUCGAAAGUUUAAAUAAGGAGAUUGAAAGCCUAAACGAAAUUAUCAAUGAUAGGAAUGCAGAAAUUUUAUCAACCAAAUCUUUAAUUAAUCAAUUAAAUGCCAAAUUAACAGAUUAUCAUAUUGGUACCGAGAAUUAUGAGAAAGUAUUAAAACAACUAGACCAAAGCAAGGAUUUUAAAAAGAAAUAUUUUGAAGCUAGAAAGAAGUUAAAAGAGGUGACUGAUGCUAAAGAAACCUUAAUAAAAAGAUGUAAAUCAAUGAUCUGUUCAAAGUGUUCAAAGAAAUAUAAAAAAAAGAAAAAUGGGGUCAAAACAUCUUUAUCAACCGAAGAUGAUAAUGAAGAAAAUGAUAAUGGAGAUGGUGAAGAUAAUGACAACAAUACUGACAAUGAUUUAAACAACAAUACAUUUAGCACAACUGAUAAUGAGGCAAGUGAUGCUAUUUUCGACCAUUUAGAGGAUGAACUAGAAAAUAGAAUGGAGAAAAGUGACCAUGAAUCAAAUCAUUUCGAUAUGGAUGGUGAUGAGGAAGCUGAGAAAGAAUUUUUCAGAAAGCAAAAAGAAAUUAAAGAAAAGGAAAAAGAAAAAAAAGAAAAGGAAGAAAGAGAAAAAAAGGAAAAAAGGGAUAAGAAAAAAUUAGAAAAAUUAGAAAAAGGAAAACAAGAAGAAGCCAAGGAUGAUCCAGCACUCAAUCAAUUGCUUAAUGAAAUAAAUAGUGGUGAUAAUAAAAAUCAACAGCAAGAGGUUGACCCAGUACUUAACCAAAAAGAUAGCAGUUUUAGCUUAGAUGAUUUCGAAAAUGAAUUAUUAAUGGAAAUUAAACAUGAUACAAAUAGCAAUGACAAUAAUGACGAACCUAUCGAAUGGGAAGAGACUUUAAAUGAAAAUGAACCAAUACAACAAGAGCCCAUGCUGGUUGAAGUUAAAACCGUAGCAGCCCCAUUAAUUUUUACAAGCUUCACAAAAUCACCAAUUGUCAUAGCAACUGAUAAUAAUGUAAAUAAUAAAAUUUUAGAUAAUAACUGUAACAAUAUUAAUAAUAAUGAUAAUAAUAAUAGUAAUGAUAAUAAUGAUAACAAUGAUAAUAAUAAUGAUAAUAAUAAUAAUAAUAAUGUAAAUGAUAAUUCAGCUAGCCUCAAUGAGGAUGAUAUUCCAGAAUUUUCAAACAAUAGUAUUAUUGGUAAUAGUUUCGAAAAUGAUUUUGAUGAUUUGGUGACAGUAAAUAAGAAAAUGUACAAAAAUGAAGAAAAAGAAAGAGAAGAGGUGCAGUUAAGAUUAAAACAAAUAGAAAAAGAUAAUUUGGAAUUGGAAAAAAAACAAAAGGAACAGAGGGAUAAGGAGCUAUUAGAAAUUAUUGCAAAACAAGAAAAAGAAAGGAAAGAAAGAGAAGAGUUGCAGCAAUUAAGAUUAAAACAAAUAGAAAAAGAAAAGGAAGAGGAGAAAUUAAGAUUAAAACAAGAAAAAGAAGAAAGAGAGAAGUUAGAAAUGAUUAGAUCCAAAAAGAGAAAGAAAGAGAACAAAAGGAAAAAGAAGAAAAAGAAAAAAGAUUACAACAACAAAAAGAAAAAGAAAGACUAG